UAUUUUUUGUUCAACAUAUUCUGUAGUUAAUUAAAAAUGCCGAAAAAAGAAGAUCCUGUCUUUAAUACACUAUUAGUUGAAGCAGUAGAAAAAUAUCCAUGUUUGUACAAUUAUAAUUUAAACGAAUAUAGCAAACGUGAGUCAACCCAACUAGCUUGGGAAAGUAUUGCUAAAGAAGUAAACGAUACAGUUAUAAGCUGUAAAGAGACGUGGAGGAAUUUACGGAUUGUAUUUACAAGAAAUAUUAGCAAAAAAAGUGGAUCAGCUGCAAAAAAAAAAUAUUACCUUACAGACAAGAUGCAGUUUAUAAGACCUUAUCUGAACUUGAAAAAAGGAAAUUCACUACCGGGAAAUUUACCUUCUCCUACACAUGACGACGACAACGACCAAGGCGCAUCAUCUUAUCAAGACAACUACAAUAAUACAGAUUUAUGCAAUAACAUAACAAUAACCGAAGAAAUUCCUUCAACAAGUACAAAUAAUAUUGUAGAAAAUAAAGUCGUUGGCAUUGAACCACCCUUGAAAAAGAAGAAAAAUUCAAAUAAUAUCACUAGUGUAGAUGAAUGUGUAAUAGAUUAUAUUAAGGCUAAACAACGUACUUCAGAGGAAAAUCCAAAAAAAUUAUUUUUGUUAAGUUUACUGCCAGAUUUGAAUGAAAUGAAUAAUACACAAUUUAGAAAAUUUCGUACUCAGGUGAAUAUUUUGAUUGAUGAUAUUUUAAAAACUACACAGGAUACUAGUCAUAGUAACAACACAAGCUUGUGCUCUACACCACUAAGUUCAUGGGUUAGUGAAUCCUCAUCAGGACUUGAUUAUUUACCGUGGAAUCAAACUUCAUCAUCAGGAACAACAUUGACAAACAAUUUGAGUAACGUGGAUAUUUCAAACGCAAACGUGGACAUUUCAAACGCAAACGUGGACAUUUCGAAUACGAUGAACCAAGGAUACUACAUGCCUGAUGCCUGAAUGAUGUACCUAUACAGUAUCAUUUUUUUAUACACAUAUUUAUAAAACUGACUAAACAUACUUAGAUACUUGUUGUAUAUUUUUUUUGAAUAAUCAAAUUAUAAUUAAAAAUUAAAAUUAAAAUUAAAUUAUAAUACAGAAAUUACUUUCCAAAUAAUAAAUUAGUAGUAAUGUAUGUAAUUACCGUAAUGUAAUUAAAAUUCUUUCUUCUACUGGUACUGCAAUCCUGAAG